AUGAGAAGACCUGUGAGAAAAUUGCUCUAUUGGAUCUUCCUAAUAACAGUUGUUGUCUACACAGUAAAACAAAGCUCUAAGACGAUGUUUCUCAGGAGAACCGCUUCAAAAGCUCCCGUGGUGAUCAUUGGGUCAGGCCUCGCCGGUCUAUCGACUGCUAACCAAUUAGUCGACAGUUAUAAUAUCCCAGUCGUACUCCUCGACAAAGCUGCAUCAAUUGGUGGAAAUUCUAUAAAGGCAUCUAGUGGUAUCAAUGGUGUUAACACCAAGACUCAGGAAUCGUUAAAUGUUGAAGAUUCACCUGAAUUGUUCUAUGAAGACACGUUCAAAUCAGCAAAGGGCAGAGGUAUCCCCAAUUUAAUGAAGAAAUUAUCACAGGAAUCGAAACUAGCAAUUUCAUGGUUACAGAAUAAGCCAUUCAACAUCAAACUUGAUGCUUUGGCUCAGUUAGGUGGCCAUUCCAAAGCAAGAACCCAUAGGUCCAAUGGUAAACUACCUCCAGGCUAUGAAAUUGUCUCUACCUUAUCGAAACACUUGAAGUCUGUUAGUGAAAAGAACUCUGAAUUAGUUCAAAUUUUAUUGAAUAGUAAAGUAACAAAUAUCGACUUUGAAAAUAAUCAGGUAUCAAAGGUACAUUAUAUCGAUUCACAAAAUAAGCCACAAGCCCUAGAUGCUAGUAAUGUGGUUUUCGCAACAGGUGGGUUUGGAUACUCCAAGGAUAUGUUACAAAAGUAUGCUCCACAAUUACUGAAUCUACCAACUACAAAUGGUGAUCAAACUACAGGCGAUGGUCAAAUAAUUCUUGAAAAAUUAAGUGCAGAGCUUGUUGAUAUGGAUCAAGUUCAGGUGCAUCCAACUGGUUUCAUCGAUCCAAAUGAUCGUAACAACAACUGGAAAUUUUUAGCUGCUGAGGCAUUGAGAGGUCUGGGGGGUAUUCUUCUGAAUCCCAUUGAUGGUAAAAGAUUUGUUAAUGAACUGGACACAAGAGACAAUGUGACUGCAGCAAUACAAAAAUUCUGCCCUCAAGAUGAUAAUACAGCUCUUUUAGUCAUGAACGAAAACGUUUAUUCGGCUUAUAAAAAUAAUAUGGACUUUUAUAUCUCCAAAAACUUGAUUAGAAAAAUGUCAAUAAAAGAAUUUAUAGGCGAAUUUAGCAUACCAAUAAAAUCAACAGAGUUGAUAAAUGACUUCGUACAAUAUUCUUCAACAACUGUCGCAGAUACACACGGCCGUUCAUCUAAAGUGAACACUUUUAAUAUAGAAAUCGAUGAAAACAGCCCAAUAUAUGUGGGAGAAAUUACUCCUGUUGUACAUUUUACAAUGGGUGGUGUCAAGAUCAAUGAAAACUCUCAGGUUUUGGAUAAGAAUGACAAUAUCCUAGCAAGAGGUUUAUAUGCUGCCGGAGAAGUCUCUGGAGGUGUCCAUGGUUCUAACAGAUUGGGUGGCUCAAGUUUGCUAGAAUGCGUGGUCUUUGGUAGGACGGCCGCGGACAAUAUUGCGUCAAGUUGGUAG